AUGGUGGAUGAGUUCAUGGUGCAAAUCAUGGCAAAUGGCUAUGAUUUAGUGGCCAUUACUGAGACGUGGUUACAGGAUGAUCAUGACUGGGAGUUAAAUAUCCAGGGGCAUCAAACUCUUUUAUUCUGUAGGCUUCGCACACAUCAGUGGUGCUUCCUUCUCUUCAAUGUGGUUCUGUUCCAUGCCUUGCUCUUUGGGGCUGACAUUGUGGAAGAGUACUUACUCCAGUCCUCUCCAACCACCUACACAGAUGCCCAAACUCUGGACAUCCGAGAGAGAGCCAGGAAACUAGACAUGGGCCAGGUCAAGAGAAAUGCCUCCAGGCUUUUUCGCAUCAGCAACACAGAUGCUUGCAGUCACAGUGAUCUCUUUCUCCUGACUGUAGUUUCCAGCAAUGCAAGAAACAUAACACAACGGGAGGUCAUCAGGAAGACUUGGGCCAAUGUGAGCCAAGUACAAGGUUAUGGUUUGUUGACGCUAUUUGCAAUCGGGAUCCCUCAAACGCAGGCAACCCAAGAGGAGAUUGACAAAGAGUAUGAAGACCACAGGGAUGUCAUUCAAGGCACUUUCCCAGACUCAGCUGACAAUGCUGUCCUUAAAACCAUUAUGAUCAUGCGCUGGACCGUGACGUUUUGCCCUAAAGCUCUAUUCAUUCUGAAAUCUGAUGAAGAGACCUUUGUCAAUUACAGAAGCUUGGUGGAAUACCUGCUCAGUUUGAAGAGACAUGCAGAGGAUCUCUACAUUGGGAGGGUCAACCACCAGAUGGUGCCCAUUCGAGACCCUCUCAGCAAACACCAUGUGCCCAUCAGCCUGUAUUCGGGGAAGUAUUACCCCGACUACUGUAGCUCGUCCGCCUAUGUCAUCUCACAGGACGUUGCCCGUAAGGUUUUUGUCGCUUCCAUGGCAAUGGGGACCUCGAUGCCGGAGGAUAUAUAUGUUGGAAUCUGUGCCAGGAAAGCUGGCGUGGUGCCCAUCCACAGCUCCAGGUUUUCUGGGGACAAGCACAUUCGCUUCAAUCGCUGCUGCUACAAAUUCAUCUUUAGCUCUUUCGGCAUGAAAAGUGAGGAACUGAGUGAAGCCUGGGAGGAGAUUAAUGACAGUAGGCAGUGUACUAUGUUAGAAACGUAUUAUGGACUUAUCAAGUGCAAGGCAUUAACCUAUCUGGACAAGCUCACAUCGCAUGGCAGUGCAGAUUUGGAAGAGUCUGUCAUCCCAACGCACCCAAAACAGUAA